UACUAGACGACCCUGACUCGGUAUUCGUGUAAUUUGUUCAAGCCGCGGUGGCUCCUGGGAGACAUGCUGGAGGGAUUACCGCUUUAUUCUGCCUUCUGACCCGCAGACUGCAGCUGCGCCUUCGCCACGGAGGUUCUACCCGGAAGCGCGACUCACUUCCGCCACGCGUAACCGAACCAACCGGUUUCUUCGCGUCAAGCAAACUCCUUACUUUGGUCCCCGCCCCCGUGCCCUGUGCUUGCCGUGGAUUGGUCCAUUUAUCUAUCGGUCACUUACACAUCAGGCCUGUGUCGCUGACUCAACCAAUUAAGUGGUUGGAAUGGACCAGGCCGUCCGAGAGCCGCUGGGAUUGGUUCAGUGGAACAGGCUAGAUGUUUGGGUGACUCUUUGGAGAGAGUGAAUGAAAUGUGCGGGCUGGCGGCGGCGGCGGAGUGCGGGUCAGCCGCCUGGGAUCGGUGAGUGGAGUCGCAGUGAGAAAUAGGAGGCCGCGCUGUCGGUAUCCGAGUCACCCAACACUCCACUGCCCGGUGUAGGCCACCGACCGGAGUCAUGCCCGGUGCUAUGUCGGUGUGGGGCCCACUGGCCGCCCUCCUGCUAGCUGCACUUGUUCCGCUUGCGGCGCAAGGAGCUGGGCUGGCUGACCAGGUGAUUUGGGCUGUGAAUGCAGGAGGCGAGGACCACGUAGAUGUGCACGGUAUCCGCUAUCGGAAGGACCCGCUGGAGGGCAGGCUUGGCAGAGCUUCAGACUAUGGGUUAAAGCUUCCCAUUUUGCGUUCCAACCCAGAGGAUCAGAUUUUGUACCAGACAGAGCGUUAUAAUGAGGACAGCUUUGGAUAUGAAAUUCCAAUAAGGGAGGAAGGAGAAUAUGUUCUAGUGCUAAAGUUUGCAGAGGUGUAUUUUGCACAAUCUCAGCAGAAGGUGUUUGAUGUUCGUGUGAAUGGCCAUACUGUGGUAAAAGACCUGGAUAUAUUUGACCGUGUGGGACACAGUACCGCACAUGAUGAGAUCAUUCCCAUUGUCAUCAGGAAAGGCAAACUUAGUGUACAAGGGGAAGUGUCUACCUUCACUGGGAAACUCAGUGUGGAAUUUGUAAAGGGAUAUUAUGAUAACCCCAAAGUCUGUGCACUUUUCCUGAUGAAAGGAACAAUCGACGAUGUCCCUAAACUGCAGCCUCACCCCGGUUUAGAAAAGAAGGAAGAGGAGGAAGAAGAUGAAGAGGAGGAAGGCCCUAGUACAAAGAAGCAGAGCAACAAGAACCGUGUGCAGUCUGGUCCUCGUACUCCAAACCCAUAUUCCUCAGACAACAGCAGCCUCAUGUUUCCAAUCCUGGUGGCCUUUGGAGUGUUUAUCCCCACACUCUUCUGCCUGUGUCGGCUAUAGGAGGCCCGAUGCCAAUCUUUGUUUUGUUUUUCUUUUUUUCUAUUCUCCCCUAAUUUUCAGAAAUGACAAGGCAGAAAAUCUCCUUUUUAAGGUAUAAG